UGCCAACGACUAUUCUCUUAUCAUACAGUUUGUGUCAUAUAUCACACUGGUUUUAUCUUUUCCUCUGUUAUUAUCACUGAACAUGGCUCCCGAAGUUUACAACGCUGAAUUUGAGAAGGCGGGAAAAAAACCUGGACUACAAAUAUGGAGAAUUGAGAAAAUGGAGAUGGUUACUGUUCCAGCCGACAACUACGGGAACUUCUACACUGGCGAUGCCUACAUCAUACUUCAUACUGCGGACAGAAAAUCAAAGUUAGCAAAGUGGGAAUUACAUUUCUGGAUCGGAGCAGAAUCAUCCCAGGACGAACAAGGUGCCGCUGCAAUGCUGACGACGUAUCUUGAUGAUUACUUGGGAGGAGAACCAGUUCAACACAGAGAAGUUCAGGGAAAUGAGUCCGAGAUUUUCAAGAGCUAUUUCAAGAAAGGACUCAUUUACCAGAAAGGAGGAGUUGCAUCAGGAUUUAACCAUGUUGAAACAAAUAAAUACGAUGUCAGACGGCUUUUGCAUGUGAAGGGCAAGAAGAAUGUUGUCGCAACGGAAGUCGAUCUGAGUUGGGAUUCAAUGAACGUUGGUGAUGUUUUCAUUCUUGAUCUCGGAAAAUAUAUUCUGCAGUGGAACGGACCAGAGAGUAACAGGAUGGAAAGAAUAAAGGCAAUGCAACUGGCUAAAGACAUCAACAGUCGUGAGCGAGGAGGUCGUGGCCAGGUUUUCAUCAUUGAAGGAAGUGACGAGAAAAGCACUCCUAAGCUGUUUGAGGGAAUGGAACAAUUGCUUGGAAAGAAAAAACAGUUAAAACCUGCCACGCCCGAUGAUGUGGUGUCUCGAGCAAAAUUGGGAAACAUCAAACUUUUCAAUGUAUCCGAUCAGUCAGGCCAGCUAAUGGUUCAGGAAGUGGCAACCAAACCUUUGAGCCAAUCCCUACUGCAACAUGAGGACUGUUAUAUUCUUGACCAUGGCGGGAGCAAGGUUUACGUCUGGAAAGGCAAAAAAGCAACGAAAGAGGAGAAAUCAGGAUCAAUGACUAGAGCUAUGGGUUACAUCAAAGCAAAGGGAUACCCUGCCAGCACUCAGAUAGAAACUGUCAACGACGGAGCGGAAUCUGCGAUGUUCAAACAGUUGUUUAAAGAUUGGAGAGAUAAAACUGACGUCAUUGGGAAAGGGAAACUGCACACUAGAGGGAGUAUCGCCCACAUUGAGAACAAGAAGUUUGAUGCCAGCACAAUGCACAAUCAACCUAAGGUAGCUGCGAAUGAGAGAAUGCCUGAUGAUGGUUCUGGUGAAAUUGAGGUUUGGAGAAUCGAGAAGAGUGAACUGGCUCCUGUAGAUAAAUCAACCUACGGACAAUUCUAUGGUGGCGAUUGUUACAUCAUACUGUAUACCUACAUGCAUAACAAUAGAGAAAGAAGAAUCAUCUAUUAUUGGCUGGGUCGCCAUGCCACCCAAGAUGAGAUCACAGCCUGUGCUUUCCAGGCAGCGGCAUUGGACAGGAUCUACGAUGAUGAACCAACACAGGUCCGAGUCACCAUGGGAAAGGAACCGAGACAUUUCUUGGCAAUGUUCAAAGGAAAAGUUAUCAUAUAUGAGGGUGGAACUUCUCGUGCAGGAGGGCAAAGUAAAGCAGCAGAUGUCAGACUAUUCCAAGUUCAUGGGAAAACAAAAUUCGACACAAAAGCUAUUGAAGUCGCUGCCAAGGCUGGAUCUCUCAACUCCAACGAUGUCUUUGUGUUGGUGGCUCCUCAAAACAUGUUCAUGUGGUCGGGAAAAGGUGCCAGUGGGGAUGAGAGAGAGAUGGCAAGAUUACUUGCUGGUGCACUCGGUAAGAGGGAACUUGAAACCGUGCCAGAAGGUCAUGAGGACAAUACUUUCUGGGAUGCAGUAGGUGGCAGAGGAGAGUAUGCAAGUGUUAAAGCCCUGCAGGUUGAGAAUCCAGACCACGACCCAAGAUUGUUUGAGUGUUCGAACCAGACUGGAACGUUCAAAUGUACCGAGAUGUUCGACUUCACUCAGGAGGAUCUGGAUGAGGAUGACGUCAUGCUGCUCGAUACCUUUUCUGAGAUUUAUCUCUGGAUUGGAAAGAACGCCAACAAGCUUGAGAAGGAGUCAUCAAUGGCCACUGCAAUCGAAUACUUGACCCAUGACCCCUGCGGAAGGGACAAGGACACCCCGAUCAUCACAAUCAAACAGGGGUUCGAACCCCCGACGUUCACAGGAUGGUUCACAGCAUGGGAUAUUGAAAUGUGGAGCAACGGCAAAACCUAUGAAGAACUGAAGGCCGAGCUCGGAAGUGACGCUGGGUUCGAAGUUGUCAAAGCAGAGGUUGCAAAGAAGGUCGUUGAGAACCGAGCUCCACUGCAGAAGUUCCCGUACAGUGAGUUGGUCAAGAAAGGAGACGAACUGUCAACCGAUGUUGACCCUGCUAGGAAAGAGGAACAUCUUGAAGAAGCAGAAUUUCAGGAAAUCUUUGGAAUGACAUUGGUUGAAUUCCAGAAAAUGCCAGGAUGGAAGAAAGAACACAUGAAAAAAUCAAAGAAAUUAUUUUAAUUCAAGCCCUGAAUUUUUCAACAUGCAUGAAAUAUUAAGAAACAUUAUUUUAACUCAAGCCCUGGGAUUUUCAAGCUUGAAUUAUUACUAAACAUAACUUCAAAUUCAAGCCCUGUGAUUUCAAGCUUGAAUUAUUACUAAACAUUAUUUUAAUUUUAACCCUGCAAUUUCUUACACGGUUGAAUGGUUUUCAACCCUUUUAACCCAAAUUAGGUCAGAAUUAAACAUUUUAUAAUAAUAUUCGAUACAGUGCACAUACAGUUGUGAAAAUUCAGUAGAUAUAAUUUGAAUUUUAUUGUAAGUCAGUGAAUUCAUCUGUAGUUGUGCUAUUCAUAUAUCGAGUUUAUUCAAGCUCUGCUAUUUACAAAUUCAUUCAAUCGUGACAAAAUUUAAAUUUUACCUGUCAAUUCCUAAUUUUAAAUAUUUAAAUAUUUUCUGUAGUUUUUAGUUUAAUCAUGAUUUAUGUAUUGUGCUAAUUUUUUUGUCAAAAUUCAUGACACGUUGUCAUGGUUACCACCCCCAAAAUCGCAAUAAUGAGUAAUACCCAGACCAUUAAAAAAUACUGAAAUUGAAGGCUCUGGCCUGCUUUUUAACCUUUUCUAAUCCUAUUUGAAACAUAUUUACUCCCACUCCCUUUUUCUGGUAUUUGAUUUGAAUAUGAUUCGUAUACGGUUGCUCUAACAUGGACAAGUCCGAUUUUAAUUCAAAAAUUUCGAUUCUGAAAAGGUGGUUUUAUAGAGCUCUAAAUUCCAACUUCAGUCAAUCUUUGUUCGGCAUAGCGAUAACCAUGACAACGUGUCGCUUGAUGUAAAUCAAAAUUAAUCUUCUCUGAUCAUUGUUAGAAUCAUGACGUAGUGUCUAAUCAUCUUUCCCAGCUCAUGUAAAUAUUUUUAAUUGUUUUCGUUUAAUACUAGACAUCGCUGCUUCCGUGAAAAUUUAUUUUGGAAGCCACAUCACAAAUUAAAUUGCCCCCAAAAAAAUCUUGCUAGUGUGAUCAAUUUACAUUGUAUAUGAAUAUUUACAGCUGUGAUAUCUCCUGCCUAAUGCUGCUUAUAUUUACGGACAUUUGCAAUUGCUACACCAUCUCACUGUAGAGAAAAUGUAUUUUAUAUAUCAGGAAAUUUCAUAAUAGUUACAUGGGAAAGAACAAUCAGGCUCCUACUUCUGAAAACAAAUAACUGGCUAACUAAUCCCAUACCUGACAUGGACUGGUAACCGGACGAGAAGCCGUAGUUCCCCAUAUGAUUAAGCCGUCUUAUCUUUCCCCGGGAUAAAACUUAUCCUAUCCGAAUAUCACUAGCUAAUUAACCAUGUAUCUAACCUAGAGCAGUUGUGGUUUGAUUAUAUUGCGCUCUUACCACCUUUCCUUUCCUACAAAAUUAACGUGGAGCUUUGUUUUUUCAAAUUCAUCAUAAGAUGGAGCAUUUUUAAUUAACUAUUCUGUGUUUUAGUACAUAAACACAUUGCCUUCUUACCACAUAGAUAAGCAUGAAAUUAUCAUACGUACUAUUUUGGGUAUAAACUUGUGAAGUCGAUAUUUUCCAAAUGUACAUUUUUGAAAUCAAGAUCAAUUUGUUUCCACAUUUUUAAAAUCCUAUCUUAUGUUUUGCUCGUCUUUUCGGCUUUCCUAAAAUUUCCAUACGUACUACUUAAACUUGUGAUAUAAAUAUUUUUUGAAAAAGUAAAAUUUUUAAAAACUAUCAUUGUGAUAUAUCUCAUGUUUUACAUUAUUCCUUUGAAUAAUUUGUGUUGUAUCAUGCCUUCUACCCGCCCCCUAUAUGAAAAUGGAAAAUUAGAGAAUAACAUUGUAUCAUUCUUGAUCUAGCAUGUUUUAUCUUUGAAUCAUACCUGGCCGGAACAAACAAACUACACUUCGAGUUACGGUCCUAAAAACAAUUUCGACUUCAAACACUUUUUAGCAUCCUGGACUAUUACUUGACUAACUUGACCUGUUAACCAGAGGAUAGGCCAGGGUUUGCCAUAUGGUCAAACUGUUUUAUCGGCUUUCCUCUUCCCAAGAUACAAAAUUCGGCGCUUUUGUAGUAUGCGCAGCAAGAUAGGGCACAACCUGAACCCUAACUUGGUACACAUACUAUGUUCAGGUUGUGCGCCAUCUUGGUGCACAUACUUCAGGAGCUCCCAAAAUUCAAUGCUAUGAUUAGGUCAUCAUAUUUGGGUUUUUCUCUCCCGGGCCUUCUCAUCGGAUUUCCUCUCCUGUUUUAUUAAUAUCAAACUUCAACCACAUAUUUGCUAAGUUGCCACCCGUUUUCUUAUUUCGAAUUAUUAUCAUUGUUCCAAGCCGCUGUUGAUUAUUGCCUCAUAGAUGUUGAUUUUUAGAUUAAUUUGCACUUAAUUGUUUGUUGAUUGUGGUUAGUUUGUGAUGUCAUAAUAAUCUCUUGUAUGCACUGUA